CAUGGAGUACUCUCUUGACUCUAUCUCUCUCUCGUCUCUGCAACUGCAACAAUCCCUCCUUCUCUCUCUUCCUCUCCUCCGAUCAGAUCUCCGACAGCUCUCGCCGCGGAAACUCCGUUUCGCUCAGCUCGCUCAUCCAUGACGCUCGGCUCGGGAGGAUCGGGGGUCGUCGGUGAGUUCUCAAAACCCUUCCCGACCUAGAUUCCCAUAUCCUCGCUCCCCGGGCAAAUUCUCUCCGCCGAUCCCGACCGUUCCCAGAUCCCCCACCUCCCCCACAACACAGAACCUCACUUGAGACACUCCCCACUUAUUGACUUCAUUUUCGUUUCUCAGAGAAUUCCCAUGUCUCGCUUUCUGUUUCUCUCUCUCUCUCGUCUGCUCUCACUAGCUAGCCAUAUCCAUUAUAGACGCUGCAGAGUUUGUUCGCUUUGAUUUUUUGUUAAGAGCCGUCCUCGUCUUCAUACUUAGCACGUUCCAGUAUGGCCAUGGUCGAUCGUAUAAUUACACUUCCCGAGUUCGGAGUCCCGGCCAUCAUGCCGAGCUUUCGCAGGAUCGCACCUGAACUUGCGACGCCGGUGUUUGAAGACAAGAUUUAUAUUGCAGCUGGGAAGGACGUGAAAGAGGGCAAAGCGAAGAUUGUUUGGAUGGUGCAUCAAUCAGGAGGCAAUGUCAAGAUCUGUAUCAUUCAUAUUCUAGUUCCUUCACAGACGAUCCCCAUGGGAGGCCUAGGUGCCGGAAUGCCCGCGAACUCGGCGAAUGAGAUAAUGUUGAGAGAACACAGAGAAAGAGAGAGGACGAACAUGCAUAAAAUCUUGGAUACCUACCUGCGCGUUUGUGAACAAAUGGGGGUACCGGCAGAGAAAGAGUACAUAGAAUCGGACAGCAUUCAAAAGGGAAUUGUGGAGCUCAUACGUUUGCACGGGAUCAAAAAGCUCGUAAUGGGUGCAGCAGCAGACAGACGCUAUUCCAAGAAGAUGACAGAAAUCAAGUCCAAGAAAGCCAUCUUCGUUCGCGAAAAAGCUGACAUCUCUUGUCAAAUUCGGUUUAUCUGCGACGGUAACCUCAUUCACGCAAGGGAAGCUCAAACAGUUCAAGCCAUCGUUGAAGUUCCUACUGAUGCACCAUCACCAACGACUCCAACCCCUGGAGCUGGAAAGUCGGUUCUCAUUAAAUCGCGAUCAGCCACACAGCAGAGGAGUGGUAUGCCGAAGUUGAGCAAUCCAUUUCAAAAGAUUCUGAGAAGAGCGUUCUCCUCGAACGCUGACCAAUGUGUAGUGAUGCCAGUAGCUUCUCCCUCCCCAGAUAGCACUCCUUCCGAGCAGCCUAAUGCGGCAAGCAUGCUGGAGAGUCAAGACAUUCUCCAAGAACUUGCAACAAAUCUUUCCCAUCCUCCGCAGUUGAUUCAGUCGGUCUAUCAUACCGGCCACUCAUCACUUUCCAACACUCUGGAUAUGGAUGAAAUCGGCAUGCGUGAAGUGCUUGAGGGGGGAGUAACGACUUGUGCUGAAGCAGAAGUAGAUAUCAUUGAAGGCGGGCGAAAGGAUCCCAGGAUGUUGGAGGAAGAACUUCAGAAGGUGAAGGAUCAGCUAGACAAAGUGAUGAAAGAGAAAUUGCAGCUCGAGAGCCAAUUCGCUGAGACUGACCAGAGCAGAAAGGAGUUGGAGCUGAAAAACAUUGCGAACGAUGAAAUGUUGCAGACUUUUAGACAAGAGCGAGAGCGGUUGCAGAUCGACCUCGAGAAUGCACUCGAAAAGGCUGAGGAGGUGAGCAGAAGAAAAGGAGAUUCCUCGGGCACAAAGUACUUCUCCGAGUUCUCCAUGACCGAAAUCAGGGAAGCUGUGCAGAACUUCGCCCCGUCCUUGAAGAUCGGAGAAGGCGGCUGGGGGCGGGUGUAUAGAGGUUUCCUUCGACAUACGCUGGUGGCUAUAAAGAUCAUGAAAUUUCCUAGCAUGCAAGGUUCACAAGAAUUUCAACAGGAGGUGGAUGUGUUGAGCAAGGUGAGGCAUCCUAAUCUCAUCACGCUCAUUGGCGCUUGUCCCAAGCCCUGCACUCUUGUUUACGAAUAUAUACCAAACGGUAGCCUCGAAGACUGGCUCCACAGCAGCAACAGGGCGAAGCAGCUGCCGUGGCGAGCACGAAUACGCAUCGCCACGGAGCUCUGCUCUGUCCUGGCCUUCCUCCACUCUUACAAGCCUCACAGCAUCGUCCAUGGGGACGUCAAACCGGGGAACAUCCUACUGGAUGCACACCUCGUGAGCAAGCUCAGCGAUUUCGGCAUCUGUCGACUGCUGUCCGGCGGCGAGCGGUCGAGCAACAACACCACCGUCGUGUACCCGACCAACCCGAAAGGGACCUUCGGGUACAUGGAUCCCGAGUUCCUCGUCACGCAAGAGCUUACGAAGAAGUUCGACGUUUAUUCUUUCGGGAUUAUACUGCUUGAGUUAUUGACGAGGAGACCCGCCUUGGGAAUAGCGAACGUAGUGCAAAGGGCAAUUCGCGCAGGGACUUUGGAGGAAAUCUUGGAUCCAUUGGCUGGAGAUUGGCCCUAUGAGCUGGCCAAGGAGUUGACUCAUUUGGCUUUGAGAUGCUGCGCGAUGAGCAGAAGGGAUAGGCCGGAUCUCCGGUCAGACGUGUGGACGGUGUUCGAAUCGGUCGGAGCUUCCUAUCGAUUAACCUAGACUCUUGAAUACUCAGGAAUUGAGCGAUAUACACAUUUGGAUGUGUACUUUGAACUUCAUGUAAUUUGACUUUCCGGGUCAUGUGUGGCGGUCGACGGCGAGUACCGGCCAGUUUGUGUGUAUGUACAUACAUAGGUCUUUUGCUACGUCAUGUAUUGAGUUAUCUUGUUGAAAGUUCUUCCAGUAUGUACCCACCAUUGUUCUUAUGAAUAGAUUUUUUCGUGUGCAUCAAGUA